UUCCCCGCAUUUUUCAGUUUAUAUGCAUUUAUUUGGAGGGCUAAACGAUUUCUUCCCUCACGCGAGUCCUUACUCCCUAAUCGGUCUCAAGGGGCGGCUAAUUUAAAACGCGUCGUCUGACGUUACUCAUAUUAAUUGAGAAAAAAACCUAGUGAUUUUUCAUUUCGCGAAAAAUAAUUUGAGAACGAUGGGAUUUUUAAAGAAGGAUCUAGGACGCAUUUGAUGGUUCGAUCGGUAUCCAACAAUAACCGGUCAUGGUUUCAGGAUAUUUAAACUUUAGUCUGUCAGCAAAGUUGUCAUCAUAUGUGCGGCUGUGUUGACACAUGUAGUGUAGUGUUUAUUUGUGGGCGGCGCGGGCGCGGACAUGGCGCUGGGCGGCGCGGUGCAGAGCGCCAGCAUGCUGGAACUGCUGUUGGAGGAGAUCAACUUCCAGCGCACCAAGGAGAUGCGCCAGCUCAUGAAGGAUGAGUCGGGUUUCGUGGUCCUCCAAGGCACGACGUACUGGACGGACCUGUUCGUGCGCCACUUCCUCUUCCAAGAGGAGCGCUCGAUCGACUGCGAUGACCUCCUGUUCUUCGUGCGUAAGAGGCACGUCAAGGGCUCCUCGCGGUACCUGCCCAAGUAUGAGACGGACGUGGAGGUGUUCCGCAAGGACUCGAAGAAGCUACCCAUCGGCGACCCGGAGAUCGACUGGGAGGAGACCGUGUACCUGAACCUGAUCGUGCACCAGUUCGACUACACGCUGACGCUGGCCGUGUGCACGCGCACCAGCCCCAAGGAGCUGCAGGUGCUGCGCCGGCACUCGCAGAAGGUAUACGCGUCGCCCAGCCGCCGCAAAAUGGACACGAAAGGCGAGGGCGAGGAGAUCACCUACCCCCACAUAUGCUUCAUGGUCGACAACUUCGAUGAGGUAUUCAGCGACAUGGUGGUGCGUGACGGCGAGAUGGUGUGCGUGGAACUUGUAGCGCGGGGACGCGGCGCGGACGCGCUGGCGGUCCUGUUCCUCGGCUCCAUCCGCUACGACGCACUGUCCAGGGUCUACGACUCCCGGCAAUCGUCGCUAUCAACGAAGGUAGCGCAGCGCAUGUCAUUCGGGCUGCUGGGGCGCGCGGCGGCGCGCUGCGAGUUCGUGCGCAUGAAGGGGCCCCACGGCAAGGGGCACGCCGAGAUGGCCGUGGCUCGGCCGAGGGGCGCCGGCGUUGAUACGCCUACGUCCGAGCCCGGGCUGACCGCUACCGAUCUCUGGGACAGUGAUUGGGAGGAGGAUCCGGAGGAGAUGUUCAUGUAUCGACAUCAGCGGCGUCUGAGCGACCCCAGCGCCAACCUGAACAACUACUCCCGCGCCGGGUGGCGCACCAAGGACGGCAAGGACAAAAGCCGCUCCGAGAACGAGGGGCUCGACUCGCUCGUGUCCGGGCUGGCCGAGGUGCAGGCCGGGGAUCUGCGCGACGGUACCAAAAUUCGCUCGGUCCCGGGCCCGGCGUGUGACCCGGUGUUGUGUGCAGCGCGCUCGGCUUCCUCCGCGGCGCCGACGCGCAUGGGCGCGCUGCUGCCGCGCGCCGCCGCCGCCGCCGACGCGCGCUCGCCGGCGUGCCUGCGCGCCGUCACGCCGCGCCGCCGCCGGGGCCGCAGCGCGCCCGCGCCGCCGCCGCUGCGCCCGCUGCCGCGCGCCGCGCCCGCCGCCGCCGCGCCGGACGACGGCGGCUGCGAGCUGGCGGCCGAGGCCGGCUGGCUGCUGGAGGCGGCGCCGGCGGCGGGCGCCGCGCCGGCGGCCCGCGGCCCCGCCGGCGCGGAGACCGUGCGCGGGGAGGAGGAGCUGCCCAGCUGCGGCGAGUACCGGCUGGUGGCGGGGGAGAGGGGCGGGUCGGACGCGCGCGGGUACGCGACGCUGCCGCGGAACGCGCGCGGGCUGGCGAGCGCGCUGUGGCGGCGCGCGCCGCUGCCGCCGCGCCGCACCACGCCGGACGGCACCGACAUCUACUACUGGUGCGACGUGCCCGAGCGGAGUCGCGAGCUGGACGAUGGCGCGUACAACCCGCUGUGGGCGAUGCGCGGCUUCACGCAGACGUUCGCGCUAUGGAAGGAGGGCAAGCGCGCCUCGUCCGCGCCGCUGCAGGCCUACCUCACCUACGUCACGCUGCCAUGGUGGUGCAUCGCCAAGGGUGAGUUACGUGUGUGA